AUGGCUGAAGCGGCUGAAGCCAAGGAGCAGAGUGCUGGGGAGUUCGCGGUCUUCGUGACUUUGAAAAUCCUUGGAGUCCUCAUCUCACUCUACUUUUUCCUCUUUGGUCUUGACCUGAUGGGCGGUUCCUUCAGUGCACUUGGCAGUAAGGGUGCCGGGAACCUGUUCACCUUUUCCGACAAUCCCAUUGCCGGCCUCAUGGUUGGCAUUUUGGCCACUGUCUUGGUGCAGUCCUCAUCAACAAGCACGAGUAUCGUCGUUGGUUUGGUUGGGGCUGAUGUGUUGGCGGUCAAGCAGGCAAUCCCAAUCAUCAUGGGCGCGAACAUUGGCACCUCUGUCAGCAUGGCACAUGCCGGAGACCGCAUCGAACUGGAGCGCGCCUUUUCUGGUGCCACCGUCCAUGACAUGUUUAACAUGCUGUCCGUCCUGACCUUGUUGCCCCUGGAAAUCAUCAUCGCAGCCCUGUCCGGAGAGGGAGGCUUGCUCUUUUUCAUUUCGAAGGGUUUGACGAACGCGAUCAUAGGCGGAGGUGGAGAAUCCGACUUGCGAUUCCCUUCCCCCACCAAAGAGAUCGUCAGCCCCUUCACCAAGUUGUUCUUGAGCAAGGACAAGAACACCAUCAAGGCAUUGUCCUUCGGAGCCCCUGAGGCCCUGAGCUGUGGCACAGACUGCACUAAAUACUGUGUGAGUUCGGACAUGAGCAAAGCUUGGAAGAAGGUUGCGAAAGAGGCCUACGAGACCUUGAUUGCCUGCAAUGGCACCGUGUCGUGCGACUCAGGCAGUUGCUACACCAAUGCGGGAGAAUAUUUUGAGAACAGCAUUGAGACAGGAAGGACCAUCAAAGGUGGUUUCUUGAAAGAUGCUGGUGAUGUUGCUGGUGGCAUCAUUGGACUCAUCCUUUCUCUGGUCGUUCUUUGCGGAGCCUUGAUUGUCAUGGUGAAGCUUCUGCACAGCCUUGUCAUGGGCCAGGCGAAGAAAGUGAUCAUGAAAGGCACCAAGAUGAAUGACUACUUGGCCAUCCUGGUGGGUCUGGGAAUCACUAUCAUUGUGCAAUCCAGCUCUGUGACAACAUCAGCUCUCACUCCGUUGGUUGGCAUUGGAGUCUUGCCAGUUUACAAGAUGCUCCCGAUGACCCUGGGAGCAAACAUUGGCACGACCUUCACUUCAAUGUUUGCAGCACUUGCAGUGAUGAAGGCAGGCAGUCUACAGAUUGCCUUUUGCCACCUGCUGUUCAACCUGAUCGGCAUUUUGAUCUGGUUCCCUGUGCCUGUCAUGCGCAAGGUUGUCAUCCGGGCUGCAUGCACGCUGGGCUUCUAUGCCUCAUACUGGCGCCUGGUUCCACUGAUCUACAUCUUGGUGAUGUUCGUUACAGUGCCUGGUGUGUGCUUGUUGAUUUCCUUGCUCUACUCAGCCAGUGUUGCUGGCGGUGUAGUGGUCACCAUCCUGGCCGUGGCUGCCGUGGCAGGCUUAGUCUACUGGUGGGUGAGACUGGGCGGCUGCUACAAGGUGGUGAGCCAAGAGGAACGCGACGCCCGAAAGGCUGAGAUUGAGGAGGAGAUGGGCGAGACGGGUGUGGCUGAGCCGAAGGAGGAACCUCAGGCAGAGUCGACUGUUUGAGUGCGAGAUGAAUCUCAGAUGAUCUGAGAUCUCUUGGCUGACAUGGACUUUUUUCUCGUUCCAGCAAACCUUUAAUUAAUUCAUGUGGUGGUGGGUUGCUAGCGUCCUUGUCGCGCUGAGCAGUAAACCGACGCUACCACUUCUUUGCAUUUUCUCUUGAUGGCGUUGUGCUGGCCAUAAGCAGCAAUCUGAGUGAACCCAGUUUUUUUUUUUGGCAGGAGCCUAGGGUCCCAAAACCCGACCCCAAAGGGGAGGAUCAACCCUGUUCUGCUCUUGCGCUGCCCAGCAAAGAGCAAAAACUCUGUUGUGGGGUAAGCACUUUGGAGAAGUGCUAGCGCUUUGGAGAAGUGCCAGCGCUGAUAGAAUCUUGUCGCAGACUUGGACAAUUGCCUCCUAGAUGCGUC